GCCCCGCCCCCGCGUGGCGCUGCGGAACCGGAGCUCCGGGCGGCGUCGGCAGAGGCGCGGGAGGUGGCGAGGCCAGGGCAGGGCGGCAGAAGCCCGCGCGGCGACCGCAGCGAGAGCAGCGGGGACAGAGCAGACCACGACGAAGGCGCACAGGCAGCGGGGCCGGGCCGGGCCAUCGGGAGAGCGGCCACCGGGAAGCGGGCGGGAGGCCGGGCUGGCAGCUGGCAGCCGCCGAGCCGCGAAGCGACAUGGUGCUGCUCAAGGAGUAUCGGGUCAUCCUGCCUGUGUCUGUAGAUGAGUAUCAAGUGGGGCAGCUGUAUUCUGUGGCUGAAGCCAGUAAAAAUGAAACUGGUGGUGGGGAAGGUGUGGAGGUCCUGGUGAACGAGCCCUACGAGAAGGACGAUGGCGAGAAAGGCCAAUACACACACAAGAUCUACCACUUACAGAGCAAAGUACCCACGUUUGUUCGAAUGCUGGCCCCAGAAGGCGCCCUGAAUAUACAUGAGAAAGCCUGGAAUGCCUACCCUUACUGCAGAACCGUUAUUACAAAUGAGUACAUGAAAGAAGACUUUCUGAUUAAAAUUGAAACCUGGCACAAGCCAGAUCUUGGCACCCAGGAGAAUGUGCAUAAACUGGAGCCUGAGGCAUGGAAACAUGUGGAAGCUAUUUAUAUAGACAUCGCUGAUCGAAGCCAAGUACUUAGCAAGGAUUACAAGGCAGAGGAAGACCCAGCAAAAUUUAAAUCUAUCAAAACAGGACGAGGACCAUUGGGCCCAAAUUGGAAGCAAGAACUUGUCAAUCAGAAAGACUGCCCAUAUAUGUGUGCAUACAAACUGGUUACUGUCAAGUUCAAGUGGUGGGGCUUGCAGAACAAAGUGGAAAACUUUAUACAUAAGCAAGAGAAGCGUCUGUUUACAAACUUUCACAGGCAGCUGUUCUGUUGGCUGGAUAAAUGGGUUGAUCUGACUAUGGAUGACAUUCGGAGGAUGGAAGAAGAGACGAAGAGACAGCUAGAUGAGAUGAGACAAAAGGACCCCGUGAAAGGAAUGACAGCAGACGACUAGCGCUACCACCCCUUCUGCACUUUUUGCAAGACAGUGGUCAACAGGAAGGCCCAGCAGCUCCACCCUCCUGAGUGGCAGGCCAUCUUCGGACACAGCCUUUCUGUGCUCAUUCUUCAGGCAACUUUCAAUCCCUUACUAUAGCUAUUUCUAGAUGCCCUUUAACAUUGUGAACAAAUAGACCGUCUGGUAUUAUAAAGCCUGUGUGUGCGGGAGCCUGAUCCUCUAAGAUAUAUGGUGUGCGCUGCUGUAUUUACAGCUCAUCCUCUCUCCAUUGUGCUCUGACCCAUUUCUGUAUGCCCUCCCCCUUUAUUUCCAAGUGACGUUCUCAGUCUUUCAAAUGAGCUGCCUUUUGUGAUGUGAUUAUUUAAGCUCACUUAUUUCAGCCUUGGGAUAAACUGAGCUAUUUUGCUUCUUGGGCAGAUCUUUGGCAAUGUUGAAUAUUCACUUUGGGAGAGAGGAGGAGUUAAAAAUACAGAGACACCUACCCCCAGCUCCUCACGAUAGGAAUGUGGCUUCAGAACCCUGACCUCUGCUCCUAGUAACCUCUUGUUCACGUGCUCUAAGCACCAAGAAGGCACCCAAGGCCCAGCCAGUCUCAGAAAAUUUAGCAAAUAAUAAAUAAGCCCUACUUGAGUCAUUGCAUCUCUGGUUAAUAUUCUUAGAAAUCUUGGCUUCUCAGCCCUCCUGUUGCCCACUCUGUCUGGAUCUCUUUGCAGAGCCUACAAGAACCCACCACUGCCCAGCUGGAGAACUGUCCAGUGUGGCCUGUAGACACCGAUCAGACCCCCAAGGAGCACUGUAUGUCCGUGCUCCUCUUCCCUUUUGGGCUGGUGCUGCCACUCAGCAAUAAUCCUCUCUGCUUUCUUAGACCCCUGUCCUCUUUGAGGCUGGUUAGGAUGCAAGAGUCCUGGUCUUUUCAUGCUGCAUAAAACAAGCAUGCAAAAAGCUUUUAUCCCUAGUAAAAACCUUCCUGUUUCUAAUCACUGGACAGGAAUUUGCAGAUCAAGAACUCAGCUCAUCCUGCCCCAUACUGAGUUCUGUCCUGGACAAUCAAAGGCAAGCAGUGACUGUAGCCUUGAACGCUCACCACAGUAGGCUGGUGAAGCCCGGGUUCCAGGGGAGUAGAAGCUGCAGAGCACUUCCUAGUUUUUCUAGAUUGGCAGAAACUGAGUAGGCCUUUCUGGUGGGAGAGUGUGAUAUAGUUGUGUCACCUGACAUUUCCCAAGCCUUGUUCAGUCAGCCAGCCUAGUGUGUAGUGAUCCAAUAGUAUCCAUGAUACCCAGGGUACCUGUUAGAGACCAAAUCUCUCCUAGGGGAGUGAGAAAUAGGAUGGAUUGUUCUUGUUUUUGUCAGUGUUUGCCUUACUCAUUUCUAAGCGCAAUAAGGCAGUGUCUCAGGGACUGCACCUACGACAUCCUGACUGGAUGCUUCCCUGUAGUCCUCCUGGAGUAAGGCUGGACAGAUUGGGCCCCUCAGCAUGAUUAUCUCUGACCUUCCUUGAGGUUCUUUUGAGACCAGGAGAUGUCUUAUUACAGCUUCCUCUGUAUUAGUCCCCUCACUGUGUGGAGUCUUUAGGAAUACACUUGGGGCAUCUUGGUUGGCGUUUCAGCCGCUAUUAGCUUGGGAAAGUUGGAGAAGAGGCAUUCCUAAUGGAGAAAAACAUAAAUGUUCUCAUGUAAGCUCUGUAUUACCUGUCAGAUCCUAUUCGUGCUUAAAGAUUCUCCUUCUUUGGUAACUAGGUUGAAGUCCAGAUGUGAGUUAUCUUGAGAGAAGCUGAUACUCUAUGCAGAGAGUUUAUAUGGUGUUAGGGUCAAAAGAUGUGUGUCUCCUUCAGCACUUCAUGGGAUCCAUACAUAUCAGUCACAUCGGCCUCAGUCCCAGCCUGCUCUUACCUGCCUUGUGCCCCUGCUGUUGCCCACAUUUGAAAGUAUCCAAAUGAUCCCAAUGAGAAUUUCCUGAGACUAGCCCGGAUUUAGGGCUCCUGCCCACAUAUACACAAAAGGAGGAAUGUCCCUGUCUGUUCCAUCCCCAUGGGUGGUGUUGCUGCUAGGCAAGUGUUGGCUUUUAAGUAUGUAUCCCCAUCCUUUGUCCGCCCCCAAGAGUGACUAGCACUCAGAGGGCUGGUGAUGACCCCGAGUGUGUCAUGCCUCUUCAGACUGACUGCUUCCAUCACAUUUCCAGGGUCUGCUUUACUCCCAGUGGGAGCAGCAGUGUCUCUGCACAAGACCUGCUGAGCCCCAGCCUUCUUGUGGGGAUACUGGGGAGGGACAGGUCAGGGUCAGUGUUGUGGGCAUGUGUGUCCUUCCACAUUCUCCUUUCACAGUCCCUGCUGGACCUCUGACUUUCUUGGGUUGGUUCUUAGUGCUACUUAUUUUACAGACUACACUUUAUAGAACUGAUUAGAUUACCUGUUUAUUUAAUGUGAGUUUGUGCCUUUUUGUCUCAAUCUUCCAAUACAGGUAUAUUGGGGAAAAAAGCAGUCUAAUAAAAUCCUAGACAGAG